UUUUCGUGCGGCCGGCCCUCCACUGAGAGAGUGUAACCCGACACUGUGGAGCAGGCACUCUCUGCAUUGUGAGCCGGGCUCUGACCCAGGCUGGCGGCGAAGCGGAGGAGCCGGCAGCCCCCGGUCGCAUCGAGCCUCGCUGGGCUGCACACACAGGUAUAUCAAAGUAAAUUCCUUCCUGCUGAGAGUAUACCGGAUAAUUGGGACACAUCUCACAUCGAGAAGAGUACAUUUUGGUCAAUUUAAGCGGCUGCCCCUAUCAGACGAAGCCUCACGGAAAUAGUUAAAAAGGUGAAAUCUGGAGGGGGAAAUCGCUGGACGAUGUAGAGGACGGCAGGAGCUGACAGGAUGAGCAGCCUCGUGUCCCUGGACAGACACAUUCAACAAACAAAUGUCCGUCUCCAGUGCAUCAAGCAGCAUCUACAAAGCCCAGGCAGCUUCCAGACAGCGGCUCGGGAGCUUCUGGACUGGUGUGAAGAUCCUCGUGCGUUCCAGAGGACCUUCGAGCAGAGUCUGAUGGGAUGUUUGUCGGUUGUAAGCCAUGUGUCGACCCAACAAGGCUUUGACUUGGAGCUUGGCUAUCGGUUGCUGGCUGUCUGUGCUGCCCACAGGGAGAAAUUCAGCCCAAAGUCCGCAGCACUACUUACCUCGUGGUGUGAGGAUUUGGGUCGACUCCUCCUCCUGAAGCAUCAGAAGAGCCUUCCAACCCAUUCCACUGCUAAAUUCCCCUCACAGCCCCCCAUGAACUCGAUGAAUCCCAUGAAGCCAUCCCUUCCACCCACUCCUCACAGUGAUGGGUCAUUCACAUACAGUGAUUCUGUUUCUUGGCAACAGAACACCAAUCAGCCUCCAGGUUCGCUCUCUGUGGUAACUACAGUGUGGGGAGUCAAUAAUCCAUCUCAGAGUCAGGUCCUAGGAAAUCCUAUGGCCCCUGGGGGCAACUCCAGUGGGAAUCACAUGACGUCUGGGAUACCUGGAAAUGGUCCGGGAAUGAGCUCUCCACAGUUCAUGGGACAGUCGCCAUUUCCCACCUCGGAAACGGGUUCAAGCAAGGGAAACAUGCAGCAGAAUUUGUACGGACGGCCUAACUAUCCGGGAGCAGCAGGAUAUGGUGGAAGUUACCCUGGUGGCCCAAAUGGCUCUGGUGGAAUGGGAAUCCCUUCACAUUCCAGGCCACCAACGCACUUCACCCAGCCGGCCGCUGCUGCGGCGGCUGCUGCUGUGGCUGCAGCUGCGGCCACCGCCACCGCCACGGCCACAGCCACCGUGGCUGCCCUGCAGGAGAAGCAAAACCACGAGAUGAGCCAGUAUGGACCGAUAAGUGCUGCUCAGUCCUACAACAGCCAAUACAUGAGUCACUCUGGCCCUCGUGGUUCACCGCAGAUCUCCACUGGAAUGACCACGGGAGGGAUGGCCAGCACAAUGGGACCUUCGAGCAUAUCACACAUGUCUAUGAACCACUCGAGGCCACCUGGCAUCAACCCCAUGUUCGGUGCACAGAGCCAGCGAAUGCCACAGCAUGGAUACGCAGGACCACGACCAGCCCAACAGUUGCCUGGGCAGGGAGUGAAGAGGCCGUAUGUCAGUGAGCAAAGCUAUCUAGGUCAACAGUAUGGUCCUAACAGCCAGUAUCCCAGCCAGACCAGUCAGUAUGCUCCCUCAAGCACCCAACGAUCCAUUCCGUCUCCCAACUAUCCAGCACAUAGGAUGCCUGGCCAGCAAAACACAGGACAGUACCCCAUUCCCCCAGGAUCAAUGGGGCAGUAUUAUAAGCCAUCUGAGAAAUAUAAUGGGCAGAGUAACGCCUUUAUGGGUGGUAACUACACCAGCUACACCCAGGCCAAUAUUAAUGGGCCUUCAAGAACUAUGCCUGGCUAUCCCAGCUCCCCCAUAUCAGGCAACCCAACACCUCCAAUGACUCCAGGAAGCAAUAUUCCUCCAUACAUGUCACCGAACCAGGAUGUGAAAUCACCUUUUCUUCCCGACAUAAAGCCCAACCUGAAUAGUCUUCCUCCUCCCCCAUCAUCAAGCCCUGGAGAUGAGCUGCGACUGACCUUCCCCGUGCGAGACGGUGUUGUGUUGGAACCCUUCCGCUUAGAGCACAACCUUGCUGUCAGCAACCACGUCUUCCACCUGCGUCAUUCCGUGCAUCAGACGCUAAUGUGGAGGCCAGAUCUGGAACUUCAGUUUAAGUGUUAUCAUCACGAAGACAGACAGAUGAACACAAACUGGCCUGCUUCAGUCCAGGUUAGCGUGAAUGCCACGCCCCUCACGAUUGAACGAGGUGACAAUAAAACAUCCCACAAGCCGCUCUACCUGAAGCAUGUGUGCCAGCCGGGGAGGAACACAAUUCAGAUCACUGUGACGGCCUGUUGCUGUUCACAUCUGUUUGUGCUACAGUUAGUGCACAGACCUUCAGUUCGAUCAGUAUUACAAGGCCUCCUGAAAAAGAGACUUCUGCCUGCAGAGCACUGUAUAACUAAAAUCAAGCGGAAUUUCAACAGUAGCGCAGUCUCUUCAGGUAACCCCGGGCUAAAUGGGGAGGAUGGUGUUGAACAGACAGCAAUUAAAGUGUCAUUGAAAUGUCCGAUCACAUUCAGACGAAUCCAGCUUCCAGCACGAGGACACGACUGUAAACACAUUCAGUGCUUUGACCUGGAGUCGUAUCUACAGUUGAACUGUGAACGAGGAACCUGGAGAUGUCCAGUGUGCAACAAAACAGCACUGCUGGAGGGACUAGAAGUUGACCAAUAUAUGUGGGGCAUUUUGGCAGCCAUUCAAAACACGGAGUUUGAGGAGGUUACAAUUGACCCUACGUGCAGCUGGCGGCCAGUACCAGUGAAGUCGGACAUCCACAUAAAAGAUGACCCAGAUGGCCCCAUAGCCAAGAGGUGUAAGACGAUGAGCCCCAGUCAAAUGAUUAUGCCCAACGUAAUGGAGAUGAUUGCCGCCCUGGGUCCAGGAACAUCUCCCUAUCCAUCUCUGCCACUUCCACCAGGGGGCAACAACAAUGGUGACUACCCUCAUCAGAAUUCUGUUUAUUCUGGGCAGGGGAACUUCCCCGAUUUCCCCCAUGGCAAUGCUACCAACACGUCGAUUAAUGAGUUUAUACAUGGGCCACCACCACUGAGCUACCCAUCAGAUAUCUCAAAUAUGACUCCUGACAAGCCCCUAGGACACUCCAUGUCAGAUCAGAUUCCUCAUUCUACUACGAUAGAUCAACCCCACCCUACUAUGCAGCAAGGAGUCCAUGCACCCCACCUUGGCAAUCAGACAGGGCAGCCACUGCACCACAGAAGCCCCUCCCAGCACCCGCGGCAGCUCCAGCAGACGGGCUCCAGCGCCCAUUCACAUGGUGAAUUGACGUUUAACCCAUCUUCAGUGAUGGAAGGUCAACCAGGUGGUCAGGGAGCAGCUGAUGUUCCAGAGCCUUCUCUGGAACUUCUUCCAGAGAUUACAAACCCAGAUGAACUACUUUCCUAUUUAGGACCUCCGGAUAUGCCAAACAACAGCAAUGAUGACCUUCUGUCCUUGUUUGAGAACAACUAAAUAUUCUUCCUUUUUAUCCACCACAUUAACUCUAGCUUCAACUUCACUGAAGCUCAACUGAGACUCCACACUGCCUUGCACUGCUGACAGUGAAAAACUAUUGACAGAUUUCUCUGUGGAUAGUACUGGUAGGAGACCCAUUGCAAAUUGCUGUCACCUUUUACAGUUCUAAAUUUCUUUAGAUCCCUGGAACACAGAUGAGAUUUGAAACAUUGACAAGUCAGAAGAAACCAGCUAAUUAGGGAAUCUUUUAAUCUUUAGUUAUUAAUGCCACAAAUCUUGUCUGCAUUUUUAAAACAUUUGAAGGCAAAAGAUGGGAAAUACUUCAAUUCAGCAAUUAGCUUUGAGCCACUAAUUGCAGGUUUGUUAUUUGGCUCAGACGUUUUGUGGAUUAUUCUCCACUUUCACUAUUGAGGUGAGGAAUUUUACUAGGAAUCAAAUGCCUUGCACAGGGGAAAGCUGAGAAACAAACCAGAGCUGGCAAGCCCCUGUUAUCAAGUACAAUGAUUUUCCUGGAUCCCUGUACAGUUCCUUACAGUUCCAUUGUAAGGAAGAGACUGGAUGGACUCUCACUAACUAUAUCUUCAAACUCACUGAAGAAAAUGCAAAAAAAAAUCAUGAUCAAUUACAAAACAAAAGCACAAAGGAUUCUUAUUGACCAAGGUAGGGACACUACAGCACUGAAAGGAAAGAUGAUUUCUUCCAUGCUGUAAUGAAACAGUAUCACUGCCUGUAUUUCACAACCUGUGAUAAAGAUGUUGGACGUCAUAUCAUUGUAAUAUAAAAGGAGUACGCAGAGGUGAUUAAAUGACAGAACUGUGUUAUUAUCCCAUUUCAAUUGCCCUAACCGCUUCCUUAUUUUUGUUCAUUUAAAAAAAGAGCAUUCCACAUUCUUAAUGUAGACUUAUCUGAACACACCAAUGCAGUUCUACAGGCUGUGGUUUUUGUACCAAGUUCAUGUGGCACCAAAAAGGUUUUUUUUUAAUAUAUCUUAAGUACUGUGGUAUUGGCAAAACAAUUGAACAGUGCCCAAUGAUUAUUAAAAUGCUGCUGACGAUCAUUUGCAGGUGCAAGAAACCUUUUUUUAAAUGUACACUGUGAUGAGAGAGAUCGUUUAAAAACAAUGCAAUUAUUGCAGAAAAUAAUCAUUGUCUUGAAGUUUGUAUUUACAAAUAACUUCCAUAAGUUUUGAGGUGAGGGAAAGGGAAAAAGGGAGAUGGAAAAUGUAUGUUCUUUUUAGUUCUUUUGAGCUACAGCAGCUUAGGAUUUCUGUGAACUAUUUAAGUCAGUUGAGGUAUGUAACUCAAUAUUAUUUAGGUUUGGGUUUAAGUUUAUUGAAUCUAUCUCCUUAGGAUUAUCUAGGAUUGUACUGAAAUUUGUAAAACAAUAAAACUCUUGUUUAAUUUCUAUAGCUUUUUAUAUGUAAACUAUUAUCUCCUGUUAGAAAAUUCAAUUUCAAUGUAGUAAACUACGCUAAAAACAAAGUCUUGCUUCUGUGUCAGUCUUGGAACAUAGAGAAGGACUGCUCCUUUAAAAUAUGAAAUGGGAUUUAAAAUCAAUUAAAGUUACAAAAAUGUUUUGAAUGUUGAAAGUAUGCAGAAAGUGGCUUGGAGAAAGACGACUUUGGGUGUAAUUCUUGCAAAAGAUCAUGUACAGUAAAGAGAAGCAUGCUUUUUUUUCACCAAAUGAGAAGAACAGGGGGAAAUUAGUAAAUUUGUGCCAGUUUUCACAAAGAUGCUGUUGGCUGUUGUGAAGGUUAGGGGUGUGACAGCAUUCAAAAAGCAAAAGGAAAAAAUAGAUUUCCACGGUAGAUGAGAAAGCAAUAUAAUGUUAGAAAAGGAAUGGGAGGGGCACAACUGAUAUUAAAAAUCAGUGUUCAUAUUCAAGAUAGAAACAAUAUUGUACAAGAUAAGACACUGUUCAAAGGAAGUGAUAGGCCAUUUGGCCCAUCAAGUCUGCUCAGCAAAGUCGUUGGCAAGGGUGGGAUAGGUCCCGGCUUGUUUUUAAUUAGGCAGACACCAUUUCCUGAACAAAAAUUCAAGCAGUGAGACAAUUUAUGUUUCCAUUAUGAAAUUAAAACACAGGAGGCCAUGCAAUCUAUCAAGCUGUAUGACUGUUCUGGCGGCAAUCCCCCACUUACCCCCCGACCUGUCAACGAUGUGGUACCACGGAGUAAUCACAGUUCUAUUUUUUCAUCUAUUCCCUGCUUUUGCAAGUUGUUUGUGCUGGUCAGCAGGGGUAUUAGAAUAUGGUUUCAGGUAAUUAUCUAUAUGUGAUUAGCUCAGGGUUCCCAACCUGGAGUCCACGGACCCCUCAGUUAAUGGUAGGGGUCCAUGGCAUAAAAAAAGGUUGGGAACCCCUGGAUUAGUUGGUUACACAGAAUUUUUUUCAUACAGUAUAUUAGGAUUCUGUAGUACAUUUAUCCCAUUUUUAGUUAAAAUUAGAGAAAAGAUCUGCACCGACAGACCUUUCUUGAAUGAUUCCUUUUAAUGUAUUUCCACAACCAUAAAAAUCCAUUAUCACCCAGUUUUCCCCAAUUAAAGUACAAUUAUAUUACAUUGAGAACCAAAAGCACCCAUCCCCCCGACACUAAAUUUUAUCUUUUGCUUCUUUGCACACCCAUCAUUUUAUCAAUAUACUCUUGCAAUUUUCCCUGGCAUGUCAUAACUAAUUGCUGUGCCUCUUAGCCACAGAUUUAGGUACUGCUAGAUUUUCACCCAAAUUACUGAUAUAUUUAAUAGACAAGAAUAGUUCAAGGAUAAGCCUAGGGAAUAGCACCACCCAUUUCUGGCCACCAGAAAACUUGCCUACAUUCAACUGAGUUAAUUCCCUAUUCUAAACAUCCUAACCCAUUCUUGAACAAGAUUUCAUAAUUCUACGUUAGUACUUUUUUUCCUAAUCACAACACAACAGAAGGUCUUUGAAAGUCAUGUCCUCUGCAUUUCCUGCUCCGUCAUAUCCGUCUCAUAAGAUAUAGAUGUGGAAUCAGGCCAUUUGGCCCAUCAGGUCUGCAGUGCCAUUCUGUCAUGGCUGAUUCAUUAUCCUUCUCAAUACCAUUCUCCUGGUUUCUCGCCAUAGUUUUUUAAUGCCCUUACUAUGGGAAACAUCCUCUCGUUAUCUGUAGAUAGGUUUCAAUGAGACCCGUCACCCUCAUUGCUCUGUAAAGAAAUUUGUUUCUGAAAUUUAAGUUGGCUGUUUCUACUUGUCUUAACUUCCUCUAGAUCUUUAGUGAUUCUGUUUUUAAAUAUUCUCUAUUGCCACAUUAUACAGAACCUGGAACAGCCAAGUCUUCCCUUCAGAAGUGAAAAUUCCAGUACUCUCCAGUCUUUCAGAACAUGUAUAUUUUCAAAGCAACCUUAAAAUAUAAUUAUAUUUACCACGUCAGGGUGUCCUUCCUAAAACUAUUGCCUGGCUGUCUUAUGUAGACUUUAGCAAGCCAGGGCUGGGCUGUUGACCUGGUAUGGCUCCCAUUGUCUGAAUUCAUAAUGUCUCAAUUUCAAGGUAUAAUUGGGAAAGAAUGCUAUUGAUUGUAUGCUAAUGAAACCUAAUAUGGCAUCAACAAAGUGCACUUUCACUACUUAUUCUGUAACUAAUAACAAUCAGCUAUCAGUUAUCUCCACAAUAUUAAUUUUUUAUCAUCAGGUAUUUUUUUCACUAUACUGUUUUUUAUCAAUAUAAAUGUGCCACAAUAAUUAUUGUUUGAGAGUAACCACAAAGAAACAUUUGUGCUGAAUGUGGUUUCUGGCAUAUGGCUGGCUGUAGAACAUACACCAAAUGCUGUGUGCAGAUAAAACCCUUUGGUAUUUUCAGUAGAAAAAAAUGCUUUGUAAGAAAGUAACUAUACAAGUGCCAGUAAAACUUCUGAUUUUGGGAAAAUUAUUUUUUUAUAUACCUAAAUGUUCCUCUUUUAUUACUCUGCUCAAGUUAAGUUUGGAGUGCUUUAAAAUAUUAUGACCAAAUUAGCUAUGGAAAAUACAAGGAAAAUCUGUUUUUAAACACCAAAACAAUUUGUCUUACUUGCGUGCUCCUGCUUAAUGCUGUAUAUAGUAAUCUGUGGUAGUCUCUGUUCUGAUGUACUGUUACUGUUUGAAUACAUGCUUAAAAUGCUUUAGUACCAGUAGAAAAACUCAGUUAAGUCACAUAUAUUUACAGAUUUAUCUCAAACUCUGCUUUCAAUCCAAAUUGUAUCUAUUAUAUCAUUUGAAACCCUCCUUUCCCUAAAAUGUAAACCUCAACCAGGGCAUUGUCUCCAGCUAGCAACUGUUUUAAAGUAACCUCGUAACACACAAGGCCCUAUUGAGAGUGGCAAGGAGCUCCCAUCCCUCCCCUAAAAGAAAUUGGGUUACUCAAUCAUUUACCUAAUUCUUACCAACCACAAAUGUAGAGAGGCAUUAAUCAGAAAUCAAUAAAGGGUUUUAGUGCAUUCAGUUCUCCCCUCUCUUGUUUAGAAACUUUUAAGUGAUUGUACUAACAUAACUUGUUGCCCUGAGUGAUAUUAGUUAGACAAGAAUUAGAUCUGGGUAUGGAUCUAUAUGACUGAGUUACUUGUUGGAGAGCAGCAAAUGGAAUUCCAGAUACACUUCUUUAUGCUGAAGCUAGUACGUUACCUACUCCUGUUUAAAAUUCUAUUGGAGUCUUCCCUUAAUGGCACAACUCUAUUUAAUUUUAAUCUGAAUUUAUAGACUCUUUGGAGUCUCUGUAAGCAUUCACACGUCGAAUCAAAGGUUCAACAUUAUUGAUAUGAGAUGGAAAAAUAAGUAUUCUUGUUUUCAGAGUAAAAGUGGAACUUUUAUUGUCUGUGACCUUGCACAAAUAAAAUUGAAAUCUGUUCUGGGUGUCCUGCAUUUCAAGGUUCCUUUACAUUGUAUUAAAAUAUUUUGCCCUUUUCUGGCCUUAGUCAUCUGUAAUCUCUGCAGUUAAAAUAGUAAGUAAUUGGACUUGAUUCACCAGGACUAAAAAUGUGAAUCAUCAAGCAACCUAAAAAUGCACAUAACAGUAAAGCAACAGGACCAAAUAAAACUACAUUUACUACAACCCAACAGUACACCCAUUGCAAAUUCAGAUAUGUUUGCUAAUAAUUUUACAAGUAAGACUUGCCAUAUUUAAUGCACAACCGCUGAUCUUUGUUAUAUGGGUUACAUAACAAUACAUGCAUUUUUUUCUUUUGCAGUACCUAAACCCCUUAAUGGCACAUCUUUUAGUCAGGAAGUGAUGUAACAUCAGGAUACAACAGUUACUCAGCGAAAUUUAAGUUGUUUGAGCCCAAUUCAUUUUCAAUCAAUUAGCAGAGUUGAUCAGGAAAAUUUUCCCAUCAAAUUCACUAUUAUCACUUACUGCAUAGCCAUCAAUGUGGGAAUUAAGCUAAUGGUUUCUAAGAAAGGUGAUAUUUAAUGCAUGAAAUGGUGGAAGAACUCAGCGGAUCAGGCAGCAUCCAUGGAGGAAAAUAAACAGUCAACAUUUCAGACUGAGACCCUUCAUCAGGACUGGAAAGGGAAGGGGCAGAGACCAGAAUAAAAGUAUAGAGAAGGGAGGAACAGGAGCUAGCAGGUGAGAGGGGGAAGGCAGGUGGGUGAGGGUGGAGGAGUAAUCAGCAAUACUGGGAGGGAUGGUAAGUCUUGUGUCCUACCUAGAGUUUUACUAGAUAGCCAAGUAGCUGGUUGUGAAAAUGCACAAGCAACCUGAGCUUAAAGUCAUCAGAAGAUAAUUAAUAGAAAGAAUUCUGCUUAAUUGUUCACUGUUUUUCAUUGCAAUAAUUUAGCCGAGAUGAAAUAUCUUCAUACAAAGUACAAGGCUACUAACUUUUCCCAAUACCAAAGCAAAAUAUUGCUGAAAUAUGGAUUUUCUGCUAAAUGUAAUAGAAAAAAAACCCCUUAAACUUCCAACUAAUCCACUGGGCCAGCUUAAACUCAAAUUGACCCUGAGCUAGAGUUACAGUUCAAUGAUUGUGAAGUGUGUGUGAUACAAAAACUGACAAACAGUUCAGUUUUUGAUAAAUCUGUUUUGGAUGACAGCAUCUGAAUUAAGUUACAGUUUAUUAAGCAUUACUAGAAUAAUUUCCAUUUUCACACUGAACUAUGAAAAAUUAAAUGAAAGCUUUAAAAAUAUUUUAAUCUCUCACAUUCAUUUUUAGUUCCUCUGAUUGCUGCAAUGGUAAAGGCAGUAUUUACUAUGUCAUUUAUACCAGACCUCUCGCACAAGAUCUUAUGGUUCUACUUAUUUACAAGAUGUUAGUGCUUAAUUGGAGACAAGUGUCGCUGAUGGGGAUACAUCAAGCACACUAAAAUAACCAUGCCCAUUUAAAAAGUCUGGUGAUAUUCAUUAUCAAAUCACAUACAGAAUGGCUACCAAGGUGAAGUUUGAACAGUACACCAUGCUGUGGAACCACAUGUUCCAAAAAUAAGAGGAAAAAGAGUACAAUAAUACAUUUUGCUGACAGUCAGUGUCUAUCUGAUUUAUAAUUUAGACUUCCAAAGGUGAGCAAUGACAUUACUUCAAAAUAAACUGAUUGUUAUAGCGCAACAUGACAAUUAAAAAAAAAAGUGAUUAUCUAUAAAUUUCUCAAGUAGUGUUAGAAAUACUUGCUUUCAUUAUUGGUUUUGUAUUUAGUAUUCAACCACAUUCAAAACUGAAAAAUUAAUAACAACAGUAAAAGGGGAACCAGAAGCUGGAGAAUGUAGUCAUCAAAAUACAUUCACACAGUUAGUUUAAAAUGACCGUAAAUGAUGUAACUAAUAAAUAAACCACGUGAUAGCUUAGUUGACCUGCAGGAAUAACAUGCCUUUUGCAAAUUUCAGACUGAGCUUGCAAUUGGACAAACACCCAUUUGUUCAAAUUAGCCAAAAAAAGCCAUAAAAUGCUGUUUACAAUAAGUUGCAAUUAGUCCUUUUAAUUCUAAUGGAUUUUUCCAACUCUCAUAACAAAACAGCACAACAAAAUCCAGAUUGAUUGGUUAUAAAGAUCUGGAUGAAGGUUAUUAACUACACCACAAUGUAUAGUUAAUAACAUUGACCACAAUGUGGUAGAGUUUCUCAAUCAUGAACAGAUGGAUGUUUAGAGCUUCACUGCACCUCAGCAUCUUCAUUAUUUAGUGGUGAGGUAGGGUCAGAAUUAAUUACUAAUCUCAAUUUUAGUUCAAAAACGAUUACUUUGAAUAACGUAGGUCAAUAAUGUGAAAUGUACACAGAGAGGGAAAAGACUGUCAUAAUGUACUACCCAGAUUCCAUGGUCAUUAAUAUAAAUACAUGCAUACAUGUGCAUUGAAUAAAUAUUACUCAAAUAUUAAUUUCUACUUUACUUUUGCUCUGUUUGGGGCAACAGUAAGUAGUCUACAGAGAACUAUAGAAAUACAAAAUAUUUUAAUAUCCUUUGCCGUUUUCUCUCAUUGUAUCUGAUAUGUCCUUAUUUUUUGAGAUUUUGAUUUCCUAUUACUUUAAUACUGUAUUUAUAAAUAUGUGACUUUUUAUUUAGUUUGUGCAAUUUGGCACAAGGUGUGUGUAUUCUGGUAUAAUAACAAGAAGCUGUCUAAACUUUAAUUCAGACUGAGAUAUUGGCACAGUAAACCAGCAAUUGCUGUUAAGCAAUGAAAGAUGUAACAAGUCUAUUCAGUCAAUGAGCUCAUGACUCACCAACUCUGUGUUUCUGAGGUGCUACUAUAUGUAUUGUAAAUUAGGAUGGAAAGAAAAGAGUGUAAAUUUCAUAUUUUGUAAAAAAAAAUCUUUUCUUUUAGCAUUUCUGUACAGUAAAUGAAACAGUAAAAAAAAUGUGUGUCUGCAUGCAACUGUUGAA